AUGUGGGACAGUAUCAAUCUUGAUGCCAUGGUGAUUGCCCCAACCAUCGAAUGGGCCCAGGAUAUGGGCCUUACGGACUCAUGGGACUUUCCGUGGGACCCGAAACGAAAGAUCUAUUUCAUGAAAGUCAUUCAUCAGCUACAUUGUCUGAAAAAUAUCCGCAGAGCCAUCAAACAGCUCAUGUCGAAAGAAGAGAAUAAUGUCAAAUUUGCCCAUAUCGAACAUUGUCUCGACACCCUGCGGCAGGACCUCAUAUGCAAAGCAGACGACACUCCCAUGCCAUCUCUCGAGCUGGUUAAUGCGGCCGGUGAGGGUCAGGUUUUAAAGUGUAAGAACUUUGAUAAAUUGAUCGCCUGGGCGAAACAUCCGGACCGUAAUGCUUGCUAUAAACGAGGAAACGAUUACGAGCCACCUGUUCACAGUAUUGAUCGUCAACUAUGCACCAUCAUCGCAGCACCUGUCACUCUUCCGAUACUCGCAGAUUUCCAUUCAACAAAUGUCUUGUACCGCACCCUCAUCGUUUCGAUAUGGGAACUAGGGGAAAUCGUCUCCCCUUUGUUUUGGGGCCCCCUUUCCGAGCUCUACGGUCGACGAUGGGUUCUCAACAUUGCCAACCUCCUCUUCGUGGUCUUCCUUGCCGGGACAGCACUGAGUCCCAACAUCCAGACCCUUAUCGCGUUUCGGUUUCUCAGUGGUCUUGCGACGGCAUGUUCACCGAUAGGCCCAGGCAUAGUGAAAGAUUUAUUUGAAGAGGAAUACCGCGCCAUGUCCGUCAUGUCACUGGCAGGUGUAGUAGGCCCAGUUAUAGGACCCGUCAUCGGCUCAUAUCUUGGCGAAAGAGCAGGCUGGAGAUGGGUAUUCUGGUUACCUACAAUCAUCUCCGGUGUCCUUAGUGUUCUUAUGCUAAUCAUAUACCGUGAGACAUACAAGGUCAUCAUCCUGGAGCGCAAGGCAAAGAAGCUUCACCGCGAAACAGACAAACCGGAACAGCGAUCAAGGUUCAUCAUGACGGAAGCCGCAGGCAUGUCAAGACAUCAGCCCCGCAAACCACGUCCCGAAAAGCGGCAAAAGCGGCCGCAACUCACUCAUUUCUUGUGUCUCCCUCUGGUAAACACUAAAUCGCUGCCGCAGCUGGACGCAUCGCUCGCGACCUUCAAGUCAGCUCAUAUCGCUGAUCCUGGGCCAGCUUCUCAAUCGUCCUCCAAUGGCCAAGGGGACACCUCCCGCCUGGGUCUUCCCAGCACGGCCUUUCGUCCACUGGGCACACUUCAUCUUACUCUUGGAGUGAUGAGUCUCGCCAAUAAAGAGCGGCUCGAUCAAGCUCUUGCUUUUUUCCAAUCCCUCGACCUAGCAGACCUAAUGAACGAGGCGGAGCGAGUCGCCGCUCAGACACAACAGAAAAGUACCCUUCACCAAUCAUCGCCCUUGACUGUUUCUCUCGAGUCAUUACAUGCUCUACCCCAAGGCCAAUCAGCAACUAUACUACAUGCUUCACCUGUCGAUCCUACAGGCCGCUUGCUUCCAUUUUGCAUAAAGCUACGUGACAAAUUCAUCGAGGCUGGCUUCAUCCAAAGUGAGCCCGACAGAAGACCAGCAGGAAGACAAAAAAAGCCUGCCAAUCGCUUUGUCCAAGACUUUCCUGUGGCCUCUGGGUCUGCUACCAUCCCUAGUGAUGUGACUUUACACCCACGAGAAAGCCAAAUUCCCUCUGCAACCCCAAGCGUGCCGAGAACCCCGGAUCCAUCCAUAGCUAUAACAACCCGAGAACCAAAACAGCGACCACUCCUCCUGCAUGCGACUAUUGUCAAUACCAUUUAUGUUCAUGGACGACAAGGCCAGAACAAGGACGCGAAAAACAAGAGUCCACCUAAACGCCUUACAUUUGAUGCUCGCAGCCUGAUCUCACAAUAUUGUAAUUAUUACUCUGAUGACAGCCGAACUAUCCCACACCCAGGACCCAGUGUCUCUCCUGAGAACAACGAAAGCCAUCAUCACCAUCAUCACCACCACCGUGCAAAAUCUUCACCAAUCCCCAACAAAAACAUUAUUCUCACCAAGCAUGAAAACCAUUCGGCUACUCCUCCCACACCGUCACAGCGUUAUCCUUUCAUUUGGGCAAGGGAAAUUCCUCUGGAUACUAUCUGCAUCUGCGAAAUGGGCGCCAGGAAACUAUAUCCUGGGGUUGACGACCGUCAUGGUUUGAAUGAACGACUCGGCGAGAAGUAUACGGUCGUUGCAGAACGGAGUCUGAAUCCACGACUAUCAUCACCUCCCCUGUCGAACACAACGCCCCCAUGUAACAGCCUGCCAUCCAGCGGAAAAUAA